UAUGUGCCUAUGAGUCACACGAUAAGCCCUGUAGGGUGGGCUUUGCAGUUUCUGCAAGAGAUCGAAAGCAUGCAAUUAUUGAAAUCUGCCUUCUUUCAUCUUUUCCUUCUGACCUUGAGUUGUGCUGCUAAAGCUGCUCAGCAUAAAAACGUUGUAUGUAGCCACCGUCCAGCAGUGAAUGAGGAAGAGGAAGACCUGAGUUCGGAGAUUCUGGGGAAUCACGAUGCUGAUGCAGGUGCAUGGCCUUGGUUGGUCAGUGUACAGAUAGCUUCGAAGGAUGGGACUUAUGGCCACACCUGUAGUGGAUCCAUCAUCGAUAACUACUGGGUGCUGACUGCAGCUCACUGCUUCAAAGCCAAGGUGGCCAACAACGUGGAGAAAAUUAUGCUGGUGUUUGGAUUAGAACAGAUCUCGAGGUUCAGUAAAAACACCUACGCCAGACCAGUGGCAGAAGUCAUCAAACACGAAAAUUACAAUCCAGAUACAGAAUCUAAUGACAUUGCUCUCAUCAAGGUUACAGACUCUAUUUUGUUCACCGACUAUGUGCAACCAGUGUGUCUUCAAAACCAGAGACUUGAUAUUGCUGAACUCAAGCCAUGUGUCACUGCUGGAUGGGGCAUGGUGGAAGGGAAAGGUAAACGGACAGAUAUUUUACAGGAACAAGAGAUUAGUAUCAUCCCAACUGCAAUUUGUAACCAAGGCGACUGGUACAAUGGCUCACUCUCGGAUCAAGUCUUGUGUGCUGGAUUUAAAUGGGCAGGACCGGACAGAUGUCAGACAGAUAGCGGAGGCCCUUUGGUUUGCAAGGUGCUCGGUGCAGGAAAAUUCUACCAAUUGGGUAUCACAAACUGGGGCUUGGGCUGUGGCCAGAGAGUUCACCCCGGCAUCUACACUUCUGUCCGGAAAUAUAUCGAGUGGAUUCAGUGGAAGACAUCAAAGUUAAGCGAAAUGCAAGUAGGAAGCGAGCGUGCACGCAUGGCAUCAUCACCGCUCAACAUAAACGAUGGAAUCCAUUCACAAACCUUUGGCGUUCUCACAGUGGUUGGACUGGUGAUUCUCUUUAUCUAAUGACACACAUCUGAUCUGCACCCACAGAUUUACACUGAUAUUUUUCCUGUUUGAUUCCCUUGAUGAUAGUCUCUAUGUCAAUAAAAUUUUAAAGCUAUGAAGCUGUUCAUUAUAUUUGUUUAAUAGUUGGUCUAAUAGUCUUUGCUUAGACUGAGAAAUCAUAAUCCAAGGACAAAAGGAUGUUAACUUAUUUGAGGAACUCUCCAUUAGCUCCAAUCACUGUACCUAAAGCUUCAAAAACAUAGUUGGCACAAGAGACCAUUUUACUCAUCAUGCUUGUAUCAGCAGUGCAGAUGGCCACAAAAUUAUAUAUGGCCAUUGAUAAAGUAAGUAGGCACAUCAGAGUGGAGAAAUAAAAUAGGUUGUAAGGGUAUUAAUGUUGGCCAAAAACUAUAUACUGGAGUAUGUUCAAAAUGGCAAAAUAAAGUUAGGAAGUGUGUGUGAAAGAGAUUCAGUGGUUGGUCUGAUAGUUGAUCUAAUAGUCUAGGCACAAGUCUCUGGAAAAUGCAAAAUUUAAUUUACCUCAAGGGGUUUGAAAUAUUAAGUAAUUUCAUAGCUGUGGAGAAUCUAGUUCGAUUGUAGAGUACUGUGUUCAGUUCUUGAACAGUUCA